AUGUUGAGCUAUUGGCUACCGGUGAAAGCUCGGGGCGCUAGCCAGCGCCCGAGGCGCGUUUUCGUUUUUCUCGCAAUUCCGCAUAGUUUUGAAAACGGCUGUAACAGGGCAAGGAAAUGGGCUUAUCAGCCAAUCGGCAUCUCUCCCCUGCCGCACGGAGUUGCAUCCGCUUGGAAAUUCCAGGUGGAUGCAACUCCGAACGGCACACGGGCGCUCAAUGGGCGCUUAGUACAGCUGGUCAUCAUCAAUGACACAGAAGCAACUGACACAUACAAAGUCAUUCAACUGCAUGAGGUCACUGUCCUGAUGAUUCAUGUGAGCGCUGGCAGGCCACAGCAGCCAGCCAGCCUACAAGACUUUCCAAAACUACUGUAUGGUGAUUGGGACGGUCGUGCUCACGUGUAUUGUAACUCAGAUGUUGCCAAGCUCGGGCCGAGGUCGGCCACCAAGGGGACCUCUGGAACCGUGAAUGUCAAUUGGCAGCUUGGACCAGGGCAAGCACUUACUUGGUGCUCCGCCCUUGUCUACGCUGGAAGGUUGGGUGGGCCCGGCGUUAGCCAGGUGAACACGGAGGAAGAGAGCCACUGGGUGGGCGGGCUCCCUAACGACUGCAAUUACCUGCCUCACAAGUGGCAGAUAUGCCUAACACCGGAGACGUCCAUGAAUUUGAGAUGGGCUCAAAUCCGGCUCAAAUGCUGA